AUGCCAACUGAUGCAAGUACUAGUGAAGAGAACGAGCGAAAUCCUUGUGACAUUGGGGCCGCUUCAAGUAUUGUUAAGGGAGCUAAGCAUAACGAGAAUAAGAAAGGGAAGAUGAAGCAAAGUGAAGUUGAUGGAGAUGAUUAUGAUGCUGACAAGCAUAACGAGAAGAAGAAAGGAAAGAUGAAGCAAGACGAGGUUGAAGGAGAUGAUUAUGAUGCUGACAAGAUCAAUUCUGAAAAAGAAAACAGAGAAAAAUUGGCAAAGAGUCAGGUGGUGGAAUUGGUUAAGACGGGAGAUCUUUUCCUCAACAAAACAGUUUUGAAAGCGAUAUGCGCUGAUAAGGUGUGCUUUUGGGGUGCUCGAGCUGAGUGUUUGAAGGGCUCCACAUAUUUUAUUAUUAAGAAGUAUGUCGGUGUACAUUCAUGCGCACCUUCAAGCAAAACCAGUGCCGGAAAGACAACCAGUGCCGGAAAGACAGCUUCAGCGAAAACGAUAGGCAGUCUGCUAAUGCAUAAAUAUGAAGGUAUCAAGGAAGGGCCUAAAGCGAAAGAUAUUGUUCAGAUUAUGCGUAAUGAUUAUGGAUGUGAGAUCUCUGAUUCUUUAGCAUGGGAUUCCCGUGAAUAUGCAGUCAACGCUGUUAGAGCAUGGGAUUCCCGUGAAUAUGCAGUCAACGCUGUUAGAGGUAUUCCAGAGGAAAGUUAUGGGAAAAUACCAAAAUACUUGCACAUGCUGCGAGAGGCCAAUCCGGCGUUUGGUCAAUCGAUCAGAGGCUUUAACACAGUCAUGAGGCGUGUCAUUGUUGUCGAUGGAACAUUCUUGAAGAGUAAAUUCAAAGGGGUGCUACUGGUUGCAACUGCUAUAGAUGGAAAUUCAAAUUUAUAUCCUAUUGCAUUUGGGAUAGUAGACUCUGAGAAUGAACAGUCUUGGGAAUGGUUUAUGAGACAAUUAAAAGUUGUUGUUGCUGAUGAUAAUGGUUUGGCUUUUAUUUUGGAUAGACAAGUGUCAAUAGCGAAGGCACUGGAGAAAGUGUAUCCGCUAGCGAGACAUGGUAUUUGUAUUCAUUAUUUGUUGAAUAAUGUGAUAUCGUAUUUCAAGGGUAAGGGAUUAGCUGGGUUGAUUUCUAAGGCUUCAAAGGCUUAA